AUGCCGUCCGAGCAGCACCCCCCCAACUACGUGCCUCUUGGCAAGCAGCCUGGAUACAAGCCUCUGCGCAAGAUCCGUCUGGUUGCCAUUGGCGCUGGGUUCGGCGGUCUGAGCCUUGCCCACAAGGUCCAACAUGCCAUGAAGCUGGAGGACGAGAUCGAUUUGGUCAUCUACGACCGCAAUGACGGCAUUGGCGGCACGUGGUUCGAGAACAGCUACCCUGGAGCUGCAUGUGAUGUUCCUGCACAUGCUUACGUGUUUCCAUUUGAACCAAACCCAAACUGGUCGUCCUUUUAUGCCGGCCAGCCAGAAAUCCUGGCUUACAUGCAACACACGGUGAAGAAGUGGAAUUUGCUCAAGCACGUCCAGCUGAACACGGAGAUUGUGGAGGCUGUCUGGAAUGAAUUUGACGGCCAGUGGAACCUCAAGAUCCGCACUGUGGGAGGAGAGGUUCGCCAGGACUAUGCCGACGUUCUUGUGAACUGCACUGGCUUCCUCAACCACUGGAAGUGGCCCAACAUCGAGGGCCUGCACGAUUUCAAGGGCAAACUGGUGCAUAGCGCACGCUGGGACAAUGCCGAGUACAAGGACAAGCGUGUUGCCGUCAUCGGCAACGGUGCAUCGGGCAUCCAGAUCACGCGUUCGAUUGCGCCCGAUGUCAAGAGCAUGACCGUUUACAUGCGCAGUCCCACAUACAUCUCGACCAACUUCCUCGAGGAGCUGACCCCCGAGGGUGGCCAGUUCUCCUAUUCGGAGGAGCAGAAGAAGAAAUGGAGAGAGGAUCCCAAAGCCUUUUUCGACUAUCUUCGCGAGGUGGAGUUGCAUCUGAACCGCUACAUCUUUGCGCUGGUCAACGGCCACCCCGCCCAGGAAAUGGUCAGCAAGAGGAUCAAGGAGCGUAUGCACGAGGCGCUGAAGAACGCGCCCGAGCUGGAGAAGCAGCUGACGCCGUCCUGGGUUGUGGGCUGCCGCCGUCUCACGCCCGGCGACGGGUACCUUGAAGCCCUGCAGCAGGACAAUGUGCGGACGGAGUGGACGUCAAUCGACCGGUUCACCGAGAAGGGCAUCCUGCUCAAGCCCGAGGCAGAGGGCGAGGCCGGCCGCGAAGAAGAGUUCGACUUGAUUGUGUGCGCGACCGGCUUCGACACCAGCUUCAUCCCCAACUGGAAGCAGGUCGGACGCAACGGUAGCACCAUGGACGAGAUGUGGAAGGAAGAUCCAGAGGCACUCUGGAGUGUGCACGUGAUCGACCAACCGAACUACUUUGUCAUCAACGGUCCCAACAUUCCCAUCUCGCACGGAACGGUGUUGACUAUGAUGGGCUGGGUUUGUGACCACAUUCUCCGGUGGACGAAGAAGAUCAACUGCCAGGACAUUCACUCUGUCGUGCCCAAGCCGGAAUCUGUGGCCGACUACAACGAGUACCAGCAAGAGUUCCUGCGACACACGUCCUUUGCUGACAAGUGCCGGGCAUGGUACAAGAACGACCGGUCUGAGGGCCGGCUGACAGGCGUCUACGGUGGCACCAUGAUGCACUUUAAGGAGGGGCUGGAGACACUGGGCGCCGAGCACUUUGACGUGAAGUGGCGGUCGGCAAACCGCUUCAGCUACCUCGGCAACGGCACUGCUGAGUGCGACGAGAAUGGUGCAGGAGACGUCGCUCCGUACUUCACCUGGGAGUACUUCCAGAAGGUUUACGGUGGCUUUACCGAAACCCUGCCGGUUGUAGCAAAGGAAUAA